AUGUUGAAGGAAGACACUGAGAAGAAGAAGAAGUCACUUGUACUUAAGGCUUCAAAGGAAGAUUCUGACUUUAAUUCAAGUGAUAAUGAUUACUCUAAUGAGAAAAUGGCCAUGUUUGUCAAGAAAUUUGACAUAUUCUUUAGGAAGAAAAAGUUCAAUAAAAGUUUCCCAAAAAAGGAAUAUAAAAAGGAGAAGAAGGAUAAAGAGAUUACAUGCUUUAAGUAUAAAAAGUCAGACCAUAUCAAGGUUAAUUGUCCCUUAGCCCAAGAGAGCAAGAGCUACAAAUAUGAAAAAAAGAAAUUCAAAGCAUAUUUCUCUUCUAUAUGGGGUGAUAGUGAUAAGGAUUCUAAAGCAGAGGAAGCAAAUAUUUGGCUUAUGGCCAAAAAUUAUGAGGAAAAGGGCACCUUACUGGUAGCUUUAAUAUAUGAUGCCGAUAAUAAGUUGUUUCUAUUAGCUUUUACAAUAGUUGGUAGUGAAACUCACGAUAAUUGGACUUGGUUUUUGCAAAAUAUUAAAGAUAUCAUUGGUUUACUAAAGGUAACUAUUGUUUCUUAUGGAAAUAAUACUAUUAUUGGUGCUGUUAGAGCCAUAUUUGGUGGUGAUAGACAUGCAUUUUGCUAUCAACAUGUCAAAGAGAAUUUUAGCUCCGAGUUUAACAAAGUUUGUAGGGGAAUGGGAAGGAACAAUAAGGAAAAGGCACUAAAGUUGCUUGAUCACAUUGCUUAUGCAAGGCAUGAGUAUGAAUUUCAUAUAGCCAUGGAAAAUUUGAGGAUAUUCUCUCCACAAUUAGCAAGAUGGGUUGAAAAUCAAGGUGAUGUUGAUCGGUGGGCACUAUCAUUGUUCCCAUUUUAA